AUGGCCCCGCAAGAGCAUCAGCCUGACUUUGCAGACAAAGCCGACUUCGAGAAUGCUUCUCGUGGCUUUCUUGGAUCUCUCGAGCCAUGUAUUAUCCGCUCUGCUGAUGGACGCGUGGUAUGGAACAACGACGAGUACAGUUUCGUGCACAAUACGGAAUGUCCGGGGACGGCCAACCCCAAGCUCUGGCGCCAAGCUCAGUUAGCCUCUCAGCAGGGGCUAUUCGAAGUCACCACAAGCAUCUAUCAGGUCCGUGGGUUUGAUCUUGCCAACAUGACGAUAGUCGAGGGAGACACCGGUAUCAUUGUCAUCGAUCCUCUCACUUCCUCCGAAUGCUCCGCUGCAGCGCUGGCUUUGUACCAUAAGCAUCGAGGCGACCGGAAAGUGACAGACCUGAUAUACUCGCACUCUCACAUCGAUCAUUUUGGGGGCGCGAAAGGCGUUCUUCCAGACACUGGCAAUGUACCGAUUCUAGCACCGGAGGGAUUCAUGGAAGAAGCGACCAGUGAGAACACACUACUUGGUCCGGCUAUGCGUCGCCGUGCCAUGUAUAUGUAUGGAAGCGGGUUAUCUAAGGCUCCCGAUGGCCAGCUGGGCUGUGGUAUCGGUAUGGCGGUCUCCAGUGGGACAAAUAGCUUGGUUCCGCCAAACGAGACCAUCUACCAAACUGGUGAAGAGAGAGCCGUGGAUGGAGUGCGGAUUCAGUUUCAGAUGGUCCCUGGGACCGAGGCUCCGUCUGAAAUGAACUUUUACUUCCCCGAUCAUCGCGCCCUGUACAUCGCUGAAUGCGCGACUCAUUGUUUACACAACAUCAUCACCUUGCGAGGAGCAUUAGUCCGGGACGCGAAAGCGUGGGCUCACUAUCUUGAUGAGUCCUUGGUGCUGUACGGAGACACAUCAGACGUGUUAUUUGCUGGACAUAACUGGCCGACCUGGAGACAGGAGAAUAUCACGACGAUGAUUUCAGAGCAACGGGAUCUGUAUGGCUAUCUGCACGAUCAGACAGUCCGGAUGAUGAAUACAGGGAUGAUAGGGAGCGAAAUUGCAGAGACAUUGACUUUACCACCGGCGUUGCAGAAGGCGUGGCACACACAAGGGUUCUACGGCUCGGUCAGCCAUAACGUCAAGGGUAUCUAUCAGCGCUAUAUGGGUUGGUUUGAUGGCAACCCCGCUCAUCUAUGGGAACAUCCACCUGUCGAGAACGCUAGGAGGUAUGUGGAUUGCAUGGGAGGGAUCGAUGAAGUUGUUCGCAAGGCGGAGAAAUAUGCACAAGAUGGGGAUUUGAGAUUCGCGGCAACAUUGCUCGGUCAUGCAGUUGCACUUGAUUCCGGGCAUGAAGAUUCCAGAAAAUUGCUAGCGAGUGUGUUUGAAGGACUGGGAUUCGGAGCUGAGAACACUACCUGGAGAAACUCUUAUCUAUCCGGCGCACAUGAUCUCCGCAGUGGCCAGAAAGGCCGGGCGGCACCUCGAGCAGUGCAAGGUUUCUCACCAAUGCAGUCGGUAGAGCAGUGGUUGUCUGUUCUGUCUGUACGCCUAGAUGGAUUGAAAGCUGCCGAGGAGUCGUUCACGAUUGAUAUUUCACUGAAGGAUCUCGAGCAAACCUGGCGAAUGAUCAUCAGUAAUGGCGUUCUUACCUACAGACAACAGCCUCGUCAGUCGGUGUUGGUGAAUGCGUUGCAAUCUGGUUUGAUCAUCAGACUCGACAAAAGUCAGCUGAACAAUAUCCUCAAUGGGGCCUCGGAGAAAGGGAAGAUCGAACAGGAAGGGGAUUACUCGCUGCUGGAAAGGUUCCUGUCAUUGACAGGUGUGAAAAAGGAUGUAGUCGGUGCCAAAAGCCAUAUAUAG